ACUUUCACUGUAAAUUUUACGGGUCUAGGGCAGCAUUUUCUCUUGAACUUUUUAGGGCACAUUUUGUUCUGAUGAUUUUUUAGGACAUUUUUGUUCUCUUUGAGCUCUCUAGGGCACAUUUUGCUCUCUGAUAGACAGGUUUCUAGGGCACAUUUGCUCAUCUCCUCUACAAAUAUUUUUUUUGUUGGAUAGUGAAACAAGAUGGAAGGUGGAUUAGCGACAAACAAUGGAAGCAUUUCUGAGACCCAGAAUGGGAGCCUUUGCGAUGUUUCUUGUGAAGACUCACAAUCUGCUUUGCUGUUUUUGGGAACUGGUUGUUCAAGCGCGGUUCCAAAUGCAAGGUGUUUGUUACAGCCUUCUUAUCCCCCUUGUGAGUUGUGCCACAAAGCAGUUUUGACUCCACCUGAGCUGAAUCCAGAUUAUAGGUGCAAUACAUCUCUGCUUAUUGAUUAUUCUCAUGGUAGUGGAGAACACAGCUAUAUCUUAAUUGAUGUUGGAAAGACUUUCAGGGAACAAGUUCUACGCUGGUUUACCCGAUUCAAGAUCCCUCGGGUGGAUUCUAUAAUUUUGACCCAUGAACAUGCAGAUGCAAUACUUGGUUUAGAUGAUAUUCGGGCAGUGCAACCUUUUAGCCCCACAAAUGAUAUUGAGCCAACUCCAAUUUUCCUCACUCAGUUUGCAAUGGAUAGCAUUGCUAUGAAAUUUCCAUACUUGGUUCAGAAAAAACUGAAACAGGGUCAAGAAGUGCGGCGUGUUGCUCAGCUUGACUGGAGAAUAAUUGAGAGCCACUGUGAGAAACCAUUUAUGACAUCAGGCCUUGAGUUCAUUCCUUUGCCAGUCAUGCACGGGGAAGAUUAUGUUUCAUUAGGUUUCCUUUUUGGCAAAAGAUCAAAAGUUGCUUAUAUUUCUGAUGUUUCGCGAUUUCCGGAAAGCACCGAAUAUGUUAUUUCAAAGGCUGGAGCUCGACAAGUGGAUCUUCUUAUUCUGGAUACUCUGUACAAGAAAGGAACACAUAAUACUCACUUGUGCUUGCCUGGGACUCUUGAUGCAGUGAAAAGGAUAUGUCCUAAACGAGCCUUAUUUGUUGGGAUGACCCACGAGUUUGAUCACGAGCAGGACAAUAAAUAUCUUGCAGAGUGGUCCCAAAGAGAGGGUAUUUGGGUUCAGCUUGCUCAUGAUGGCCUCAGGGUACCCUUAGAUCUGUAAAGAAGUGAUGCAUAUCAUAGAGAGAGGCUGGAAUUCAGCUGACUGGUACUUCGAGAUUUAGUGAAGAUAUCAUAUAAGAAUUUUAUCUCAGCAUAUGGUCUUGUUAACCAUACAAGCUAAAGGGUGUAUAGUGCUUUCUAUAACAGUCUGUAUUCAUGGCAAUAGAUGUAUAUGAACAUAUUAUUGUUUGCUCGUGUACCUCUGAAAAAUCUGAUGUUCUUUUUUUUUUCCUGAUGAAUUAAAUCCGAUAUUCAU